GCUAAACAAAAUCAAAGAAGCUUUUUACGCGAAAUAAAACGUGUUUUUUCCAGCGAAAAGAGCAAAAAUUAUCAAGUGUGAUUGUUGAGGGAUAUGUGGAGAUACCUAUAAACGGUACACGAUAGCCAAUCAGAAAACAGCGCUACGAGAAGUCUCUCUCUAUCACAAACCGCACCCAGAACAGCGCUAAUCAACACUAAAGCUAUCCUUGUCUGGUGAGCAUCACUACAUAGGAGUGUGGAAGCAGGAUAACAAUAUAUCACCGAGAUUUUUCAAGUAAACGCGACAGAGAGUGCAGAUAGCGCCACGCCGGUCUCCAGCACACAAAAGUCCCCCCACAUCUUUCCAACUCCCCGCAAGUGUCUAGCAGCGGUUCCACAUCUCAGCAGAGGGCGAGUAAAGUAAGGCGAGAGGAAGUGUCUGGAAGUGGGUAGAAAAGAUGGUGAGUCGAUUUUGUCUGCACUCUUUCGCAAUGGUUCAUAAUAUGCAAAAAGGCAAACACCGUCCGCCAUGUUCAUCACUCGUAAUCGGAUAUUGGCGCUAUGGGUCGAAAAAUGUGCACUGCGACAGCUGCGCGGAGUCUUGUUCUCUGUUCGAUUUUAUAUUACAACGCGAGACCAGGGACACUCAUGCUGCAUUUUCUUCUGUCUAACCCACCGCCAACUAACUAGGCUAUACACCGCGCCUAUAUUGAGCGCAAUGGGAUAUCUUUUGUGGCUUAAUUUUGAAUCACUAAUUUUUUUUCGCUGGUAAAUAUUACACACUACAUAAAAAUACAUAGAUGCGUCCCUAUUGUCACAUAUUAUAAUUGAAAAUUAACUAAUUUUAUCCUUUAUUAUUUUUAUAAGUAGAUAAGGAAAAAAGUAAUUACUCAAUACUUAGGUUUUAAAGAUUAAGGAAGUGCUUUUAGGUUAAUUUCAUUUUCUUGUACACACAAUUUACAGUCAGAAAUCGAGAAAUUUUCUUUCAAUUUUUUUUUAUUUGAUCACAUCCCAGAUGUUUUGAUUUAGGAUUCUUCACUAAAGGGGUAACCAAUGGUAAAAUUUCAUUUUUGCAAGAAAUCUGAUUUUAUAAUUUUUCUUGUUCUUAUUACAUGGCUAGUCUGAAACAGAAGCUUCUGAAAAUUUAGUAUUUCUUGACUGUUAAUAGCAAUGCACGUAUACUCAAAGCACUCAAAGAUCAACGACUAUCUAUCUAAGAUCUAUCUUCUAUAGAGGUGUAUUUUCGAUUUUGGUUUAUAUCAAAUUGAACUACUAAAAACAGAUUAACCAAUCUAUAGUGAUAUUACUAUUUCUUUCUAAUCACAUGAGAAUCUUUAAACAUUGUAAACUGAAACUUGAGCUAUGUAAUACUAUGUAUUCAGAAAAUCGUCCUGAAACUUUUUUUUUUUCAUUUAAAAAAUUUAUAAUGAAGUGUUUACAAUAUAGAUAGAAAAAAAGUAGAUAGAUUGUAAAAAUUUAUUAUGUAUGAGAAAUUAUUGUAGUUUAGUGCCCAGGUUAAAGAAGAAUCAAUUAAAGCUUAGAAAAGUUAGUAAAGUGUGAUAAGGAAUUUACGGGAAGUUUAUGCAUUACCAAUAGCUGAAUUAUAAAAAAGCAGCGUGAGCGUUUAGAGUAGAAAGAGUAAGAAAAUGAGGGAUCUCAUAUAGCGUUUCUCUCAAAUCCCAGGCAUAAUGCGCUGUUGCUCUCGCGUAAAAUGUUGCUGCUGUUGAUUCGGCCUUGCUGUCGAGGAUGGGUUAAGGAUACCUAUGACAUUGCUGUGGGUAUACUCAAACUAUAUCCCUGCUGACGACUAUGCUGCUGUAUUUUUGUCACAUAAAUUCUAGAUGGGUGGUAUGGGCUGGGCGCAUUGGGUUCGGUGGGGAAAAGCUAUACGGCAAAUGGGGCGAUUCUGAUGAUGCGGUGAGUGGUCCUAUUGUCUUGUAUGAUAAUGCCGCUAAACGGCGCAAAGCGGCGCUCUCUACUAUAAAAAUUCCUCUAAUAUUCGUAUUAAUAUUAAAGAGAGUAUGCGCCGUGUGGCAUUUUCAUCGCACUGACAUAGUCAUGUAAAGAGAGGAAGAAGUCUCCGAAUGAUUGUAGUAUACGAUAUGAGUGCGACAGAGAGAAAAAGAGGGAUGAGGGAAGACCAACGAAAUGAGUAUAGGGUCUUUGCGUUCGUUGGAUUGUGAGCCAGUUGCAAGUGAGUAGUCAGUGUGUUUGGUUGAUCUUCCCUCAAGAAGAGCUCUAUAAAACAUAGUCGAGGAGAUUAUUUUAUCAAAGAAAAUUAAUUUAUAUAUAUACAUAAAAAAGUGUAAAACAAUAUAGAACAUUUUAUGAGUUUGUUAAGUUAGAAAUUUCGUGAAAUCUGAGAACCUUUUUUGAUAAUUUCACAUCGGAGACUGUGCCUCUGGACGACUGAAUAAAAGAGAGCGUUUACCCUGUAACUUCCUUUUUGGGGUUCAGCCGCAAGGAGCUUAUUGAGAGAGAGAAAAAAACGGGAGCUAAAGCUAGCUGCACGAAAGAACUCGUUACCUUAACCAACAGACACACCUUUAUUUUAGACAAGAGAAAAAAUGGCUGACCAACUAACAGAAGAACAAAUUGCUGAAUUCAAAGAGGCAUUCUCCCUGUUCGACAAAGACGGUGAUGGAACGAUCACCACAAAAGAACUGGGUACUGUGAUGCGAUCGCUAGGGCAAAAUCCAACAGAAGCUGAGCUUCAGGAUAUGAUAAAUGAAGUAGAUGCUGAUGGUAAUGGUACAAUUGACUUUCCUGAGUUUCUAACAAUGAUGGCACGCAAAAUGAAAGACACGGAUAGUGAAGAGGAGAUUCGAGAAGCGUUUCGGGUGUUUGAUAAGGACGGCAAUGGAUUCAUUUCGGCGGCCGAAUUGCGCCAUGUGAUGACAAAUUUGGGUGAAAAGUUAACAGAUGAGGAGGUUGAUGAGAUGAUCCGGGAGGCUGACAUCGAUGGCGACGGGCAGGUCAAUUAUGAAGAAUUCGUAACCAUGAUGACAUCAAAGUGAGCUGCUGCAGGUAUCUGUUCGCCUUUGUAUUUGUUAAAGACUGUAGCCAAUUCGCAAUUCCAUCAUGCGAUGUCCUUGCUAUGGGAUAAUUUAUUGAUUGGAUAUAUAUUAUGAGAAAAAGAAUAUUAAUUGAAAAAAUACAACAACAUGAAAAAAAAGGAGACAAAGAUUUAAGGAAAAAAAAUUGAUGAUGAAAAAAUUUUAAAAAUGAAAGAACACUUCAAAAAAGCAUUGAUUCAAAGAUUAAAAAAUAAUAAUAAAUGGAGAUUAAAAAAAACAACCCAUGAAGUAAAAAAAUUAUUAAAAAAAUGUAGUGAAAAAAAAUAUGAAUAAAAAUAUUUAAAUUAUAAGAAGGUAAUUUAAAUUCUUGUAACAGAACACAAAUAAGAUAACUAAUUAAAUUUAAUCACUAUCCCUAAAAAUCUAUUUGUGUAAAUUUUUGUAAAAUAUUUCAUUGUGCUGUUAUUCGACGCCGAUGUGUGUUGUUAAAUAUUAAGACAUGAUGGGAGAAGAUGAAAAAAUAUGGAUCUAUAUAUACAAUGAACGUGGACAUUUUUGAACGAGGAAAAAAAUGUGGGCAUCCAAUUUGCGAAUUGAAAUAGCUAAAAACAAGAAACAAUUAAAAAAAUUUAACAGUUUUCCCUCGGAUAUUAAAUAAACAAGAAAACUAAUUUAAAAAAAAUAGAAACAUUAGAAAAAAAGCAUUAUUUCCAACAAAAAAAAAUGCAGAUUAAAAAAAUGCAGUUUGGUCUUGUCGUAUUUUUAGGUCUCUUGAAACUCACCUCUUGAAAUUUUCAAAAUGUGUGCUGUAUGAGAAAGAAAAGCAUGAGGAAUGAUGAAUUGCAAAAAAGGAUAAAAUCUUUAUACACGAUAAAAAAUGCAUACUUGGUAGGGUUAAAAAAAAACAAAUAAAAAAAAAGAAUAAAUAUGAAACAAUCCACCUUAUUUAUUGUAAUUUGUAAAUUAUAAUAAAUUUUCAUAAUGAAGUAUAAAAGAAAAAAUAUGAAAAAAUUACACCCUUGACACGAAAAUAAUUAUUUUCUUUUAGUAGUAGAAGGAAUGCAAAACUAUUUUAAACAAAAAUUAAUACAAAAUAAAAGAUCUUAAGGUAUGUGAUUUUAGUCGAAUUCAAUUGGUGAGCUUUCUUCAUUUCUUUUUUUUUCUAAGAAUAAAAAAAAUAUUGAGAAAAAACCCGAUGCAAAGAAAAAAAAUUCUAGAGAUAUUAAAAAAAACAAGGAAAAACUACAGCAUUUUACCUCUUGACUACCACAUGAAUUAAAAUAUUAAAAAAAAUUUAGCAAGAUAUAAAAAAUACUAGAAAUGCAAGAUAAAAAAGUAAGUGUACCUAGAUGAAAAAAAUCUAUUACGUGUACUUCUUGAUUUUUGUCUGUGUAAUAAAAAAACAUAUAAAUAAAUAUAAGAAGUAUAAUGCAUUAAUGAACACAAGAAAAAACUAUGAGAAAUCUUAUUUGACAUGAUAACGAAAAAAAAUUAGAUUAAUAAUGGAGAGAUAAAAAAAACCUACUUAUCUGUAUUCCUUUUCUCAAUUCAUUCAAAUGAGUUUCCCUUGCAGUAAAUUUUAUCAUAUUUUUUUUGUACAAGAAAACAAUAUGGUCAAAUUUUUUAAAAUUUUUCUUUCAAAAAUUAUCCCAAAAAAGCUAUCGAACGGAAAAAAAUACCAGCACUUCAUUACUUAAAGUACUUCAUUUCCGCAGAUAUAUAUAAUAGUGAAAUUAUGAGAAGGUGAAUAUAUAAAAAAAAAUCUUUUAAGCAAAAAUAAUUUCACAAAUUCUUAGUGAAUAAAAGACAUAACAUGAUUAAUGUUUAUCACUUUUCUUUUUUUUACAAAAAUAAAACAAUGAAAAACCCUUAUAUUACUACUUAUUGUAAUACCUAUAUUUUAAAGAAAUAUUCAAUAAUAAUUUCUCCUUAGAAAACAAACAAAAUGGUUUAAUUAUCAGCCAUCUUCCACUUUUUGCCGAAAUCCUCCAGGUUAAUAAAAAAUGUAUUGCUGAAAAUAAAUUUAAACAACAAAUUGAAGCAAAAAAAAAACACUUAAACAAUAGGAUGUAAUAAAAAAAAACAAAUUAGCUGUGUGUUUAAAUUCAACUUUGUUACAGUGUAAAAUGGAAAAUACAAGUAAUAAUUUUGAAAUAAUUCAAAAGUAUAUCUUCUUUGAGGAUUUUUUCUCAUGUUUCACACACGAUAAAUUUGCAAAUAAAUUCUAAGACAAAAUAA